GCUGACUUCUUGAUCGAGCGCCCCGGCAAGCAGCACCUACUGGCGACGUACAUCGGCAGCGACACGACGACGACGCUCUUCGGCAGCGUCUAUGACUAUUCGGACGGCGCGCACAACGUGAGCGCAGCUCCCGUCCGUCUCACGUUUGAUUUUUCUGACGUCGUACGCGUAGCUGUCGUUGAUGGAGCACGUCUGGACACGGCACGGAGCACGGCCUGCAGGACAAGGCGGUCCCGCCCACGCAGCGUUGCGUAA